AGUGCCACCGUAAUCACGUGCACCCGCUAAAGUCACAAAUUCGCUUAGCCCUAGUCCCACAACCAGUCGCAAAUUGACACUCGGACAUCUUCAAUUCUCAACGUCGACAACCCACACAAUUCAACGCCACCAUGUCGUCCAAGGUCAAGGCUGGUCAGCUCUGGGGCAAGAACAAGGAUGAGCUCGCCACACAGCUCGAGGAGUUGAAGUUGGAGCUUAACCAGCUCCGCGUCCAGAAGAUCUCUUCCGGCGCUUCCUCCAAGACUCAGAGAAUCGGCGAGGUUCGCAAGUCCAUCGCUCGCGUUCUCACCGUCAUCAACGCCAACCAGCGCGCUCAGCUGCGUCUGUUCUACAAGAACAAGAAGUACCUCCCGCUCGACCUCCGCCCCAAGCUCACCCGUGAGAUCCGUCGCCGUCUCACCAAGCACGAGCGUACCCAGACCACCGACAAGCUCCGCAAGCGUGCCAUCCACUUCCCCCAGCGGAAGUUCGCCGUUAAGGCUUAAACGCAGAACUUGUUCGGAUUUGUUCGGAUAUGGAGUUUUGUGGGAAG